AUGGCUCCUCCGGACAACUUUGCCAACUAUCCUGAUGUCGUCCAGGGCCCGGACACUGGAUAUGAUCAGCGGGUCGACCACAACCCGGUGCUUCGGGGCUUGCCUCUCGCCGUGGGCGCUGAAAUCGGCAUCAUCUCACGAUUCUUUCUCAACAACUCUGGCAUCACCAAGAUCAAGGACAUGCCAGAGCUGGACCAUGUCACGCCUACUUUCCAUCCCACGGUGACGCCUCUCGGCCCAACAGGCCCCAUGCUCGCCUUCGAGCCAGAGCUUCUCACCCCCAAGCACGCCUCCUCCUCUUCCAAGUCCCGCUACUACUCCGCCAGCGACUACCACGCCAUGUACAAGAGCGGCGCCCUCACCCCGCUCCAGGUGAUCGAGACGCUGCUGGGCCUGACCACGGGCGGAGGCAGCAAGUACAGCGACGCCUGGGCGGACGCCCACGGCGCCGAGAAGCUCGCCGUCGAGGCGGCCAGGGCGUCGACGGAGCGCUGGGCCGCGGGGACGCCCCUGGGCGUGCUGGACGGCGUGCCGGUGGGCGUCAAGGACGACACGGACGUCAAGGGGUACGUGAACCACUACGGCAUGAAGUACAAUGGCGCGCUGCCGGCGUUUGCGGCGCGCGAGGAGACGGCGUGGCCGGUGAGGAAGCUGCAGGAGGCUGGGGCGAUUGUGCUGGGGAAGAAUAAGAUGCAUGAGCUGGGAUCAGAUACGAGCGGCCUCAACGUCGUCCAAGGAACGCCCACAAACCACCUCAACAACGCCUACUACCCCGGCGGCUCCUCCAACGGCGCCGGAUCCUCCAUCUCGGCCGGCAUCGUGCCCAUCUGCGUCGGCACCGACGCCGGCGGCAGCAUCCGCAUCCCGGCCAACUUCAACGGCAUCUACGGCCUCAAGCCGAGCCACCACCGCACCAUGGCCAUGGAGGGCACCGUCUGCGUCACGGGGCCCCUCGCCGCCACCGCCGCCGACCUGACCAUUGCCUACCGCGUCAUGGCCCAGCCCGACGCCUCGUGUCCCACGCAGGCCCGCUUCGCCCUCUCCCUGCCGCCGCCGUCCGCGGGGGGGAGCCGCGUCAUGGGCGUCUUCCGGGACUGGUACAACAGGGCCGACCCUCCCGUGCGAGACCUGUGCGACAAGGCCCUCGACUACUUCGCUUCGGAGCGCGGCUACCAGAUCGUCGACAUCAGCAUCCCCUUCCUGCCCGAGGCGCAAGUCGCCCACGCGGGCCUCUGCAUCGCCGAAAUGGCCGAAAAGGCCCGCCGCAGGACCCCCGACAACGCAGCAGACCACCUCUCCCUCGUCGGCAGCGCCAACAAGAUCCUCCUCUCCGUGGGCGCCCAGGUGUCCGCGGGCGACUAUCUCAAGAUCAACGCCCUGCGCACCGUCCUCAUGCGCCACCUCGCCCACCUCUUCCAGCAGCACCCGGGCCUGCUCAUCAUGACGCCCGCGACGCCCAUCGUCGGGUGGCCGCGGGCUGCGGGGGACGACGCCCACGGCAUGAGCGACGCAAACGUCACCCUGCGCAACAUGUCGUACGUCUUUCUCGCCAACAUGGCCGGCAACCCCUCCGUCUCGGCGCCGGUCGGGUAUGUCGAUCCCGAGCAGGGCGAGGGGAAGCUGCCCGUCAGCCUGCUCGCGACGGGGGAGUGGGGGAGCGAGGAGCAGCUGCUGGCGUGGGCGAGAGAGGCGGAGGAGUAUCUUCACGAGACGUAUCCCGAGGGACGGAGACGGCCUGAGGCGUGGGCGGACGUGUUUGCGUUGGCUCGGGGGGGAUAA